UUCCGGCUGUAUCGUCCUCUGGAUGCACAACAAUGGGCAGUGUUUUGGCUGCCAGCUCCCCCAACCCUCCACCCCCAGCCUCUGGGGCUGCUGUCACCCCGGGGUUAACAGUGCCACCAGGGUUUGGGAUGCCUCCAGUUUCUUCAGUCAUACCCGAGGCAGCAUCGGGACAGCAGCAGGAAGCCGAAAACCCUUUACCCAACCCGGGGGCGUUCGAUGAGUGUCAUCGCAAGUGUAAAGAGGUUUUCCCCAUGCAGAUGGAGGGUGUCCGGCUAGUCGUCAACAAAGGCCUUAGUAACCAUUUUCAGGUGAAUCACACUGUGCUGCUGAGCACCAUGGGAGAUUCCACUUACAGGUUUGGUGUGACAUAUGUAGGAACAAAGCAGAUGGGUCCAGCAGAGUUUUUUCCUGUCAUGGUUGGGGACAUGGACAACAGCGGCAGCCUGAACGCCCAAAUCAUCCACCAGAUCACCGACAGAAUACGAUCCAAAGUGGCCUUCCAGACCCAACAACACAAGUUCAUGAACUGGCAAGGCGAUGCUGAGAUCAGAGGAGAAGAUUUUACUGCAACAAUCACACUCGGAAACCCAGACGUCCUUGUUGGCUCUGGUAUUGUUGUAACACACUACCUCCAGUCCAUAACGCCGGCCCUGGCUCUGGGAGGAGAGCUGGUUUAUCACCGCAGACCAGGAGAGGAGGGUUCAGUCAUGUCUUUAGUGGGCAGAUACACAGGUAGCAACUACAUCGCCACAUUGACACUUGGCUCAGCGGGCGCUCAUGCUUCCUAUUAUCACAAAGCCAAUGACCAGCUGCAGAUCGGUGUGGAGUUUGAGGCAAGUACCCGCAUGCAGGAUACCAGCGUGUCCUUCGGCUACCAGCUGGACGUGCCUAAAGCUAAUUUACUCUUUAAAGGUUCAGUGGACAGUAACUGGAUUGUCGGUGCGACAUUAGAAAAGAAGCUGCUCCCGCUGCCGCUCUCUCUCGUCCUCUGCACCUUCCUCAACCACCGCAAGAACAAGUUCCAGUGCGGCUUCGGCGUCACGAUCGGUUAGACGCACUGAGCAGCAGGUUAUUGACCGACAGACAUUCUCACUAUAGAAGAGCAGACUGGGCCACGUAUGGCUCCGUAUGUCCUUUCAACUCCAUCCAACGCUCUACUCUGACAUUUUCAUGUGAUUUUUUUUCAUCAAAUUGCUGAAAAGAAAGUUCUAAUGUAACUCUAAUGCAUUUAAUCCUAAACCAUGAGCGACCUAAUCGAUCAGAAGUUUUGCACAUAAUGGGAUUGUUCAGGAUUUUGAUGACUGUGGACUCAUGACGAAAACAAAACCACAUUUAGAAAUGUUAUAAUACAGAGCGCUUUGUUUCUGUCACUGACUUCUGUGCCUGUUGUUCCUGAUUUAAUUUUUAUUUUUGUAUUUUUUUUUUUUUACUGUAAGUCUGCGUGCAGUGGAUGAUAUCGUCAUUUUGCUUGUUCAAAGGUGAAUUAUUUCUUGUUACAGACAAGUUUAUCAGGAAGGAGUGUACUGUACUGCAUGUCACAUUCACUAUCAACACUUGUUUUGUUGCCUUUUUUUGUUACAUACAUGUGAAACGGUAAAUAUAUAUGACCUGUAUAUACCUCUUGGAAACUGAUAAAUACCAUUUCUUACAAAA